UAUGUAUACCCAACCGCACAUUAUAACCAGCAAUCCCCAUUGAAAAGAAAAAUUAAAGACCCAAGAAUACCACCAUAGAAUGGCUUCAAUACUAAGGACCUUACAUCCCUACAACCAAACCUUCUCACCAAACUCUACUUCCUCUCUAAAACUCUCCAAAGAAUUCUUCAUUGCAACUCCCACAAUUCAGCUCCAAACCAGUAGCAUUAGCAGAAGAAAGGCAACAAUGGCAGGUCUUUCUACACUUCUCUUAGCAAGAGAAGCCAUUUUGAGCCCAAAACUAGCUUAUGCCUUUGAUUUUAGACUUGUAGCUCCUGACCAAACUCCUGAAGAAGCAGAGAGUGAAAUUAAAGGUCAUGUCCGAGACCUGUUACAAGUGAAGUCUCUGAUAGAUUUGGAAUCGUGGGAAGCGGCACAGAAGGAUCUUAGGAAGAGCUCUGCAAAACUUAAACAAGAUAUCCAUACCAUAAUCCAAGCCAAACCAGGAAGUGAAAGGCCUCUAUUGAGGAAGCUUUACUCCAGUCUCUUCAACACUGUUACAAAGUUGGAUUAUGCGGCCAGGAGUAAAGAUAUGACACGUGUCCUUGAGUGUUAUCAAAACAUUGUUGUGAAUCUUGAUGAUAUUUUGUCCAGACUAUAACUAAUAAAACCUUGUGGAAGCGAUGAGAUUUUUUUUU